GUUGGCCUCUGCCCUGUCUUGCUGGAAGGGCAGCAGAAACCCCAUGGUGAUAAGAGUGAUAAGAGUCCCCAGGCAGGCCUCCAAGAAUCCUGCAGAGUCCCCAACAAAGGGGCACAAUCCGGCCCCAAGGAAGGGCCCACGGGUUUCUAUGGAGCCCCCUUCAAACUGGUACGUAAGAGCAAGACUCACGACAGUGCGCUGGGGGCUGGCGCCAGGGCCGCCUCUGCAGAGACCCUGGCGAGCAGUGCCAGCUUCUCAGGGUCCCCCAGCAGCCUGACACGGGCGGGCGGCUGUGGCAGCCAGCGCAUGAUCGACUAUCGCCACUUCGUGCCCCAGAUGCCCUUUGUGCCUGCCGUGGCUAAGAGCAUCCCUCGGAAGAGAAUCUCCCUGAAACGCCCCAAAAAGUGCUUUCGGAACUUAUUCCACCUUCACAGAAACAAGCCCGAGAACUUGGCUGCCCUGGAAACCAAGAGUAAGGCCUUGUCCCUGCCUGGGAGCCAGAUGGACCGAACAGAGGGGCAGCGUGCAGCCUUCGUCCACCUGGGAGAGGGACCAGGGUCCGAUAGCCUUUGCCAGGACAGCGAGCUUCCCUUGGACUCCUCCUUUGACCUCUGUGGGACCCUGUGCGAGGAUGUGGCCUCCCUCAAGAGCUUUGACUCCCUCACAGGCUGUGGGGAGAUCUUUGCUGAUGAGAGCUCAGUGCCAUGCUUGGAGCUGAGUGGGGACUCCGAAUGCCCAGUCCAGGAGCCACAAUCCCUUGAAAGCAAGGUUCCCAGAGUCCCUUCCCAGGCCUGCUUGGAUCAGCUGGCAUCUCUCACCCAUAAUGAGGUGUCAGGCUUUACCAAGUUCUGGGACAGUGUGAAUCAUUCAGUGGAGCAGCAGCAUGCCCUGCUGGGCCCAUGGCUAGAGGCAUCUAAGGCCCCAAGCAGAGAGCAUCUCAAGUUGGACACAGCUGGGCUUGCCAGUCUACCUCUGUGCCCCUGUAAGACUCCUCACAGGGACUCCAAAGCCAGCUCCAUAGACACAGGCACCCCUAAGAGUGAGCAACCCGAAUCUGUCUCCACCAGUGAUGAGGGCUAUUAUGACUCCUUCUCCCCAGGUCUUGAGGAGGACAAGAAGAAGGCCCAGAGCCCAGGCACCCCUGCACCCCCUUUCCUGCAGGAUAGCUACAGCGGAGAUGCCCUCUAUGAAUUCUUCUGUGAUCCCAGUGAGGGCCCUGGCAGCCCAGGUCUGAACGACGACGAAGACGACAGCCCGGGUGUGGCUGAGAGUCUGUCCGGGCUCACAAUGGGUACACCCCUAUCCAUGUGCAGCUUCCAUACGGGGGCCGAGGAGAACCUGGCCCCAAUGCCCAGCCCCAACGUGCUUGAUCAUGGCUUCCUGCAAAGCUCCUGGAAAGGCACGGAGUGCCUGCUGAAACUCUGUGACACCGAGCUCUCCAUCACCAUGGGGAUCAUCAACUGGCUCCGUCGGGGUCCGGAGCUCCAGCCCCUACCUGUUCCAGCCCCUGGGGAUUCUGCAGCCCCAUCUUCCCCCAAGAGAGCCUCUGGUGGACCCGUGGAAAAGCGAGCAGUCGGCUCUGUGGAGGCAAGCCCCUGGCCAGAAAGCCUGGAGGGCAGAGGAAACUGGACCUCAGAUGCAGAAAGGGCCACCGUCUGCUCAGCACGCACUGGGCAGGGGCUGUGGACACGUUCAGGAACCCAAGGUCUUCCUGCCAGAGAAAGCAAGGUCUCAGGGAUGCCUAAAUGGAGAACCUGCAGCCCCUUCAGAGACCCCUCCCGGGAGCUCUUGCAGGUGUCUGAGGAAGAAGGCUUAUUCUCCUCCCUGAGGUCUGCCGUCACCGUGACAGCAGACUCUUCCAGCAAGAGCAAGGCCUCACGUCCCUCGGCCUGGAUAGGCUCCCAGAAGGAGCCCAGGCCUCCCAUGGACCUCGGGUGUCUGCCAGACCCCUGGAGGCUGGGUCUUGGGGGAAAUACACUAGAGCCAGACCCCUGCAUGAUGGGCUGUGUGGCCCAAGUGGCAGGCCAGCAUGGCCACCAGGAUAGCCAGCACUGGGCAGAGAAUCACCAGAGGCAGGAUAUAUUCAGGGGACUAUGUGGUCGACCUGUAGCCAGGAGCCCUGCCCCUCUGCAGCAGGGAGAAUCCCCUGGUAGCCCAUCCUCCCCAGGUAGUCCGCACCACGGUUCACCAGUGGCUAACCCGGGCUGGACACUAAAAUCUACAGAGAUAAUAGAAGCAAUAUGUGUGAAAGAAAACUUCUUGCUAAAUAAUAGUUGGAGGCAUCGCUCCGUCGGUGCGAACCGGUCCCCACCGUGCCCCGCGAAAAGUGAGGGUGGGCAGAUGCCCGAGCAAGUACCUCGUUUUGUCUCCAAAAGGCAACAUAGCAAACAGAUGCGGGACGGUCGAGGUGCCGACCCAGUGGCCUCCGCCGAGCCGGGGCUGCAGGAGGCGCCGGGUGCGGGGGACGACGUGCCCAGGUAA